UCGAGGACACUCUUUGCAUCGCCUAAGUUGUGUGGCCGCUGGUAAAAUUCAGGCAACACCAUGUUCCCUAAUUAUGGCUCUCAUUUACCUGGACCGCUUGAACACGAUAGAUCCGGGCUACAGCUGUCGCAUUACUCCCCACGAGCUGUUCGUUGUAUCGCUGAUGAUUUCAACGAAGUUUUAUGCCGGCCACGAUGAACGGUUCUUUAUUGAGGAUUGGGCUAAGGAGGGAAACAUGACAGAAGACAGACUGAAGGAAAUGGAACUAGAGUUUCUCUCUGCUGUAGACUGGAAUAUAUACAUUUCUAACGAGGACUUCUUUGCCAAAUUGAACAGUGUGGAAAAAACGCUGGCGGAGAGGAAGGAUUACGGCGAGGCUGGCUAACGUACAGUGAGCUAAUCCAACUGCUUCCCAGCUUUGAGUGGACGAAAUUCCUGGCAAACAGCUUUUCCGUUCUGGC